ACACAAUUUCAACUGUAUAUAUAUAUGGAUAUGGUAUUCCCUUACAUUCUGAUGGGAAUCGGACAUAGCUCAGCUUCUGUGUCUCUACGCCAUACACCCUGGCGCAAGUUUGGCGUGGUCCCCGGUCUCCAAUUCUGAGCUCCAUCACGGCAAUCCCCAGUCGAUCCUCAAUCCACCUCUUCCAGAUUCAUCACCUCGCGCGCGCAUCCUACCACACGCGACACACCCCACCUCGCAACGCAGGCAACCCCUAUGCUGACCCCCAACAAGUCUACCCCACUAAGAUAAUCAUCCGUCCUCAUGUCCUUGCGAUCCCUUUUGCCCUUGUCUUUACGCGCCCGUUUGACUUGCUGCUGUCACAGCUCACGCUUCUCCCGUACGAUACAUGCCAGGAAAAUGACGACUCUGCCAAGAUUGCCUAUACUGGAGGCCGUAUCCGGGCACAACCCUUCCUCAACCGCCGUAGUGCACGCAAAGUCAGGACGAAGCUUCACGUACGGGGAGCUCUUGGGUGACGUUGGCAAGGCGAGGGACAGACUAAAAGAGGCCUGGGGCGGCAAAGAUGGGAAUGGUGAGAGAGUGGCGUUUCUUGUCGAAAACAGCUAUGACUACGUCGUGACCUUGCUCGCCUGCUUGGCCGCGCGAUCCAUUGCUGUACCGUUAUCACCUGCUUUUCCCGCGCCAGAGCUGCAAUACAUCCUCAACCAAAGCGAAGCGUCCCUUCUUCUUUCCUCGGCCAAAUUCGCAACGAAAGCGGAACAAGUCCUUGAGACCGAGUUGUCCUCAAAGCCAACGCAUGUCGCGCUACCGAAACAUCAAGGCGGUGGGCCCAACACUGGGGCGAUAACGUGGGACGAGUCUGGUCCGGGCGAGGCAGGUCUCAUGCUCUACACAUCUGGCACGACAAAUCGACCAAAAGGUGUCCUCUUACCACAAGCCACGCUCACGGCGCAAUGCCAAUCGCUGCUGCGCGCUUGGUCAUACACGCCUAGCGAUCACCUGCUACACGUCCUACCGCUCCAUCACAUCCACGGCACCGUCAAUGCGCUCCUCACCCCCUUGCUUGCCGGGUCUACCAUAGAAUUCCUCUUCCCAUUCAACGCGGACGCAGUAUGGAGCCGUCUGGCCGCCCCAUUCCUACCUAUGAACGGGCACCCUAUCCCAAGUGACAAGAUCACCUUCUUCACCGUCGUCCCAACAGUGUACUCGCGCCUCAUUGCGACGUACAAGCUCAUGAGUCCACAGAUGCAGCAAGCAGCCAGCGCGGCCGUCAGCCCCGAAAACAUGCGCCUCAGUAUAUCCGGCUCGGCCGCUCUGCCCACACCCAUCAAGUCCGCGUGGCGCACGCUGAGCAAGGGCAAUGUUCUCUUGGAACGCUACGGUAUGACAGAAGUCGGCAUGGCGCUCUCUUGUGGCCUGGAUCCAGCAGAUCGCGUCGAUGCUAGUGUGGGCUGGCCCUUGCCCUCCGUGCAAGCGCGGCUCGUCGACGUUGACACCAACGAGAUCAUCCGCGAAGGCGAGGAGAUUGAUCCCGAAACCGGCAAGGAGCGCUCAGGAGAGAUCCAGCUCCGUGGGCCUACAAUCUUCCAGGAAUACUGGCGGAACCCUGCCGCUACGGCUUCCGAGUUUGUGGAGGGAGAAGACGGUCAAGGCAAAUGGUUCAAGACGGGCGACGUGGCCGUGCGACGUCCCGUGCCCAGUGCAGCACAGAGUCAGGACUGGACCAAGGGGCCUUUAUACUUUAUCCAGGGGAGGAAAUCCGCGGAUAUCAUCAAGACAGGCGGAGAAAAGGUCAGCGCGCUCGAGGUGGAACGCGAGUUGCUGUCCUUGGAUGAGGUCGCCGAAGCCGCUGUCGUCUCGGUGCCCAGCGGCAAAUGGGGCCAGAAGGUCGGCUGUGUCAUCGUGCUGGACAAGGAUUUCGCGCAGCAGUGGAAGCCGAUGGACAUGCGAAGGGCAUUGCGCGACCGCUUGGCGAACUACAAGAUCCCCCAGGUCAUGAAGAUAGUGGAUGAGAUCCCCAGGAACGCCAUGGGCAAGAUCAACAAGAAGCUACUGGUGCAGGUCACCUUUAAGGACGAGCACAGUGGGGACGAGAUGUAAUGGGCGAUGCGCAUUGGAGCACUGUACAUCAGCAUAUUGUAAAGAUACCAAGCGAUAGGGGCAUAGACGAUGAUGGCAAA